UGAAAAGAUGCAGGCUUGGAUUUUCUUCCUCCUCUGCCUGGCAGGGAAAGCCCUGGCAGCACCGCAGGAAGAUGUGUCAGAAGAUAUGUAUGUAGUGGCAGAAGAUCCUGUAACGGAGGAGCCUGUAGGCGUUAACCCAGUUCAGGUGGAGGUUGGCGAAUUUGAAGAGCCCACUGUGGAUGUGGAGGAGGUGGCUUCUGAACACCCCUGCCAGAACCAUCACUGCAAGCAUGGCAAAGUCUGUGAAGUGGAUGAAGAAAACAACCCUAUGUGUGUCUGCCAGAAUCCUUCCAACUGCCCGCCCAGCACUGCAGUGUUUGAGAAGGUAUGUGGUACUGACAACAAGACCUAUGACAGCUCCUGCCACUUCUUUGCCACCAAAUGCGCUUUGGAGGGGACCAAGAAGGGACACAAGCUCCACCUGGACUACAUUGGACCUUGCAAAUUAAUUCCUGACUGCCAUGAUGCUGAGCUGGGUGAAUUCCCUCUGCGUAUGCGUGACUGGCUGAAGAACGUACUGGUCACCUUGUAUGAACGUGAUGAAAACAACAAUCUGCUGACUGAGAAGCAGAAGCUCAGGGUGAAGAAGAUCCACGAGAAUGAAAAGCGGCUGGAAGCUGGUGACCACACCAUGGAGCUGCUGGCCCGUGACUUUGAGAAGAAUUACAACAUGUACAUCUUCCCUGUGCACUGGCAAUUUGGUCAGCUUGACCAGCAUCCUGUUGAUGGGUACCUGUCCCAUACUGAGCUGGCCCCAUUGAGAGCUCCUCUCAUCCCCAUGGAGCACUGCACCACUCGCUUCUUUGAGACUUGUGAUCUAGAUGGUGACAAGUACAUUGCCCUGGAGGAGUGGGCCAGCUGCUUUGGCAUUAAGGAGAAGGAUAUUGACAAGGAUCUCGUGAUCUAAACCUUCCUCAUCUGUUACCAACAACUCCACGUUUCCUUUCAUUUUUUAACCGUUUGGGGUUUUUUUGUUUGUGUUACUGGGGACAAGGUGCUAAUAUAGAUCUAAACGUAUAUAUUAACGGUGCUAAAAAAGAGACAGAAAUUUGUUGUUAGUAGCCUAAUCUAUACCACUAGAUUACCCUGCUCACGCCUGUGUGUUUCUGUCAGGCCUUUGAUUUGAUCAUACCAGUACAGGGACAAAUCUGUUUCUGUUCGAAGUUAUCUACAUCAUCUUCUGACCCACUCAUUUUCU